AACGACUGGAGGGUUCGGGAGGCGACACACAAAGCGCACGAACAGUUGGCCCACAAAGUUGGCCGAAACAUAGCGCCAUUCCUAAAGCAAUUGAUGCCCGUAUGGCUGACGAGUCAAUACGAUGGUUACAGUCCGGCGGCCACCGCUGCCACCCGUGCCUUCAAUACAGCAUUUCCGGCCACAAAGAAGACCGACGUAUUGGCCUUCACUAAAGAGCCCGUCAUUAAUUACAUAAAAGACAUGGUAUUAAAUCAGACCAUCGAUACCAUAGGAGAUCAAACGGCCACAGCCGACGAAAAUAAAUGCAAAUACAAUCGACUUAUAGCCAACUCUAUGCAAGGCUUGACAGCGCUGAUGGCGGCACUGCCCGCCGAUUUGUUGGCCGCCGAUGACGACCCGUUUUACACUAGUCUUAAAGAGUUAAUCAAUAACAAUAAGUUUUGGAAGUUUGCUAAAUAUCCGGAUUCAUUGAUAAGGAGCGCGUGGUUUACGCUGAUGUCGACCGUAGCCCAGCGUACGGCCGACCUGUUCCGGGCGAACGCCCAGAAGAUUUGCGGCCUAACGCUCGGAGCGCUCGACGAGAAGGACGUGUUGGUGGCGCCGGCUUUAUGGGAGUGCGCUCUACACACUGUCAACACUAUUGAGGACAGCUGGAAGUGCGUCAACUUUCGCAAAGCGUUUUGCCCCCAAUUGCGGGCCAUUGUGCGGGAGGGCGGCCGCGGCAACGCUUCCGCACUGUUUCCCAAUCUGUUGCCACUUCUCAGUCGUAUACCACACGAGUCCGCCGACGCGUUCGUUGAGUUUCACACAGAGUUUUAUGGCUUCAUGAGAGAGGGCAUCUCGAAAACUGUCCAAAACAAGAGCCAAUACGAGUGCAAUGCUGUGGUGAAGGCGUCGAUGGAGUGUUUGCGGUACUCGAUGUUCAACUCUACCGCCACUCUGGCCGCCGAUACCGUACAGCGGCAACACUUCUGGACGCAACUCAUCCGCGAACACUUAUUGACACUCGUGACCGACGCCAUCACAGGCGCCAGUGAUAUGCUGUCUAAGUCGUCGCUGUUCACCGAUUUGGGCCAACUUUGG